GUGACUUUUGUACGGUGCGCGAUGUCUCGGAAGUGGGCAUAUGACCUGAACGCGGGCGGUUCGGCCGCGCUGGAGCCGCUCGGCAGCAACAAGCACACGCUCGACGAGUCGCACGGCGCCGUCGCGACCAAGGGCGUCGACAACACGCUCGAGCUCAAGAAGAAGCGUGCCAACGAGGUGGCUACGGCGCCUUUCAAGGGCCUCUUCCAGACGGGCUUUAUGAUGUGGAUGUCUGGAUCCUCGAUCAACAUUUUCAGCAUCAUGAUCACGGCGAUGGCCUUUGUCAACCCAGUCAAGGCCCUCUUCAACAUCAACGGCGCGUUUGCCGCCUUGGACGACGGCAAGCUCGACUUGCUCCAAUUCAAGCUCAUCUUCAUCGCUUGCAACUUCGUCGCGAUCGCCGUUGCCCUCUACAAGUGCGGAACGAUGGGUCUCCUCCCGACCACAAGCUCCGACUGGACGUGGCUCCUGCCCAUCAAGCAGGCUGUGGAGGCCUCGGCAGCUGCCGUCCCUGUCUUUUAGCAACAUCUCGAGACGUCUACUACAAUCCAAUGUCCUUGG